CACCACAGUAUCCACAGCAUUUUUUGUGUUGUGAUCCACUCUAUGCUGUGAGGCCAUGACAAUGAAGCUGAUUUAUUGCUGUCUUUUGGCAGUCGCUUUUCAUGGCUACCUGGCUGUUGCGCAAGAUGGCAAACCUAUGAACCCACAGAAACCUUCCUAUCCUCCUCAACCUCAGAACCCUAUGCCACCUCCACCACCCCAGUAUCCUCAGAAACCUGCGCAUCCUCCUCCACCUCAGAACCCUCUGCCACCUCCACCACCUCCACCACCCCAGUAUCCUCAGAAACCUGCGUAUCCUCCUCCACCUCAGAACCCUCUGCCACCUCCACCACCUCCACCACCCCAGUAUCCUCAGAAACCUGCGUAUCCUCCUCCACCUCAGAACCCUCUGCCACCUCCGCCACCUCCACCACCCCAGUAUCCUCAGAAACCUGCGUAUCCUCCUCCACCUCAGAACCCUAUGCCACCUCCGCCACCUCCACCACCCCAGUAUCCUCAGAAACCUGCAUAUCCUCCUCCACCUCAGAACCCUCUGCCACCUCCACCACCCCAGUAUCCUCAGAAACCGGCGUAUCCUCACCCUAUGCCACCUCCACCACCCCAGUAUCCUCAGAAACCUUCAAACCCUCCUCAACCUCAGAUCCCUCAAGUACCCAUGCAGCCCACCGUACCAUUUCACACUUGUGAUGUGCCUCCACAGUACAAAAUACAAUGCGGUCCUGCCAGCAUUACUGCCCAAGGAUGCCAAGCUAUUGACUGCUGCUACGAUGGACAAAUGUGCUAUUAUGGCAAAUUUGUGACACUUCAGUGCACCAAGGAUGGCCAGUUCAUCAUAGUUGUCGCCAGAGAUGCUACUCUACCCUACAUUGAUUUAGAAUCAAUAAGUUUCCUUGGACAAGGUCCAAACUGCAGUCCUGUUGGUACCACAUCAGCUUUUGCCAUCUACCAAUUUCCCGUGACUGACUGUGGCACUGUCAUGACGGAUCAACCUGGUGCUAUAAUCUACGACAACAAGAUGACUUCUUCAUACGAAGUGGCUGUUGGACCCUAUGGAGCCAUUACUAGGGACAGUCAAUAUGAGCUGCAUGUUCAGUGCAAAUACAUUGGCACUGCAGUUGAAGCUUUGGUUAUUGAGGUUGGUGUCAUUCCUCCACCACCUCCUGUUGCAGCUCCUGGAAUCCUGCGUGUUGAACUCAGAAUUGGCAACGGAGUGUGUAUGGUCAAGGGUUGUGACGAGGACCAAGAGGCCUACACAUCCUAUUACACGGAUGCCGACUAUCCUGUUACAAAGGUUCUCAGGGAUCCAGUUUAUGUUGAGGUCCAUAUACUGGAGAGGACUGAUCCCAACAUUGUUCUGACUCUUGGAAGAUGCUGGGCAAAUACCAGCCCCAACCCCCUAGUUUUUCCACAAUGGGACUUGUUGAUUGAUGGCUGCCCAUACCAUGAGGAUCACUAUCAAACACAACUGAUCCCUGUGGGUCCCUCAUCUGGAGUUUUAUUUCCAACUCACUACAGGCGAUUUGUUUUCAAGAUGUUCACUUUUGUGAGUGGUGGUGUGGCAUCUGAUUUCACCAAGAAGGCACCCUCAGAUGCAACGUGGACACCUCUUCAGGAAAAUGUGUACAUACACUGUGAAACCGCUGUGUGCCAGCCUUCGUUUUCAAAUAACUGUGAACCAAGGUGCUUCAGGAAAAAGAGAGAAAUUUCUGGGUCUGUCAAGAAACAAUACAGAGAAGAGACCACCUUGAUCAGCAGCAAUAAAAUAAUCUUCACCAAACUCUGAGUAACAACGCCCAAAUGUUUUACUCAAGCCAGACAUCCUGAUGUGUAACUAAAAUAAUCUGAGUUUAAAAUAAAUUCUUAAUCGGC